AUGAAGGCAACAGAGUAUGUGAUUACUCCGACAGAGAAUAAAAAAUUAAAAUGGCAAGUGCUUCUGGACUAUGAUGAUACUAAAGAGGCUAUUGCUGUGAAUGCAAAAUCAUUUGGCUCGAAGAGAUGCAGUAAACACGCUCAGGGUUCCUAUUGCUAUGAGACCAUUUCAGCAUGCAAGAAUUGCAAUACGCCUGGAUUUAUAUAUUAUACUUUCACGUUUUCAUACCGUAGCCUUGACGGCAAAUUAGAGUGGACAAAGACCAUCGAUUCGAAAAACUGGUUGAAAUUCGGUGAAGAGUUUCGUAUGACUUUGCCCAAUGUUCAACUAAUGCCAACGAAAAUAGACAGCAGUUCUGAUGUACUUACAGUGACGUCUAAAUUCUAUGUAGUUGAAGAGGUAAACUUUACUUGUCAAAAUAGAGAAGAUUUGUUUCCAGCACCUAUUCAGCACGUCAGUACCGUUUCUAAGUACCUUUGGGAAAGCCAGAAACUGAGCGACGUGAUACUGAUAGUUUCGGAGAAGAAAUUUCAUGCGCACAAGGCUAUACUUGCUGCGAGCAGUCUAGUAUUCCAACGAAUGUUUGAUAGCGAGAUGCGAGAAGGAAUCCAAAAUACAGUAGAAAUAACAGAAGUGGAACACACGUUAGUUGAUUUAAUGCUUCAAUUUCUUUACCUUGGACCCAUUGAAAACGUGCAGAAAAAUGCUUACCAGUUAGUGUAUCUGGCGGACAAGUACGACAUAGAACCUAUGAAGGAAAUGUGCCAAAAUGUUUUGUACAGAGAUUUGAUUGUGGAAAACUGCGUAAAUACUUUAAUCCUUGCUGAUACACACAAUUUACAGUUACUAAAAUCUUCAACCAUUUGCUAUAUUGCCAAGAAUAUUGAACUCAUUAUAAAUAGAUCAGAAUAUGAAAAACUGAUGGGUUACCCUAUUUUACUCAGCGAGAUUUUACGUGAAAACUCCAAAGUAAUCGACAAUAAAAAUGGCAUGAAAAGCGAAAGUACAUAA